UUAGAUGACGCAUUAUCCGCCAAGAUGGUUGUCGGUGCCUUUCCAAUUGCAAAGCUGCUCUAUCUAGGCGUACGACAAUUGGGGAAACCAGUGGCUAACAGGAUAAAAGCAGGCGCGCGGAGAAGUGAAUUCUUUAAGAAUUAUGUUUGCCUUCCUCCGGCCCAAGCGUAUCACUGGAUCGAGAUGAGAACGAAGAUGAGAAUUAUGGGUUUCCGAGGCUCCACCAUCAAACCGUUGAAUGAAGAGGCAGCAGCAGAGCUGGGAGCGGAGCUGCUCGGGGAAGCCAUCAUUUUCCUCAUCGGUGGAGGCUGUAUGGUGCUCGAGUACAGCCGGCAGGCCACCAACUCCCGGCGCAAGGAAGAGGAGCUCGCACAAACCAUUACCAGUCUGCAGACGCAACUAGGAGAGCUUGCACUCGCCACAGAGACACUGGAUGCCCAAAUCAGAGAGGUUAAUAGACUUCUGCUGUCCCUCCCAACAGCCCCAAGCACCAAGUAACAACUUGCAUCACUAAAACAUGCCCUAAGGAGGGUAAAGAGACCGGUUCAUGGGGACAUUUCAGUUGUGGUGCAGCACUGCCAUAUUAACACAUGGUUAAACCCUCCCAUACACACGAGGCUCUACAAAUGAGGAAGGAAAAGAGAGUGUUUGUGUCUGAUAAGUGACUGACCGCCAGCAUUACAUAAUAAAAGCUUCUUGUUCUUUAUCUGUUUGGUUGAAUGAUGCUGUUUUCAAAUGAAAGUUGUUAGUUAUUUGAUGACGCUGUUAAACGUUUGACCACUUAUUAUUUCAUAACAUUUCA